CAUCCGAACAGCUGAUUGUUUGCUUACACGUGUUGACAUUUUAGUUGAAGCAGCUCAUUAGUGCGAAAUUAAUUAAUUUUCUUUUAGUGUCACCUUCCAAUUAUUAAUACGAAAAAGUAUAUUGUGCUGCAGAUAAUAUAGAAAAUCCGAAUUUGUGCAAAAAUGCGUGAAAACACACCACCACGAGUUAACGACAUAGAAGACGAUGACGCCGAGGAAAUACAUUUUGAUCAGGACGCACCGCCUGACGAUGACGAACUCGAAAUGGAGGAAAUAACCAUGGAAGAGUUGGAGGCACGUUAUGGCUAUCUCUCGGAAGAGGAUGAAGACCCAGAAGGUGCAUCUUUUCAUCCACCAGAACGUGAUGAUGCCAUACUGACAUUCAUGAAACACAAAAAAGCUGUUUUCGGUUGUUCAUUGCAUCCAAAUCGGCCAAUCGCCGCCACGGGUGGUGAAGAUGAUCGCGCUUACGUUUGGGAUAUAAACACUUGUGAAUUGUUGCACGAGAUUACCGAACACAAAGACACGGUGACCGAUGUCUACUUCAGUUAUGAUGGCACAUAUCUGGCGACGGGUGAUAUGGCCGGUGAAUUGUUCGUGCAUAAAUUGCAAGAAAACGAAACGGGCGCACCGAUAACGUUUCGCAAAGUAUGGGAAUACUCAAUGGGCGAUAUGACAUGGAUGUGUUGGCAUCGCGGUGCCAAUGUGCUUUUGGCUGGUAGUGAAAAUGGUGAAGUCUAUGUAUGGCGCAUACCAUCGGGCGAUUGCAAGAUAUUGCCUGGCGAGGGUGUGCGUUGUGGUGUUGGUGAAUUAACGGGUGAUGGUAAAAAACUAUUUGUGGGCUACACAAAUGGCGUGGUGAAAUUGUGGGAUCUGAAGAGCUGCACUGUCGUAAUGGAAGUGGAUGCACAAAAUCCAAUGGCACAACAAUCGGUCAUACUGUCAGUGGCGUGCGAUAAAGAAUCGCCACUGUAUGCGUCGGGCGCGUUGGACGGUGCGUGGUUUAUUAAAUAUGCAAAUGCUUACAAAUAUUUAAUAAUUUCUGUUUUAUUUCCAGGUAAAAUCGUGUUCUGCACAAAUAAUGGCCCUGUCGGCGCUGUGGAAGCUGAUGGUUCGGUGGAAUGCAUUGCCUUUCCGCCAAAUAAUGAUUUGAAAAUCGUCGCUAGUGGCACACUGCAGGGACAAAUUGCCAUUUGGGACUACACCAAAUACGGUCUACGCACAUUAUGCGAUCACACGUUUAUGGAAGGUGAUGAAUCCGAUAAAUUUCAAGGUGGCAUAACAAGACUCAAGUGGCUCAGUGAGCAUACGCUCAUCGCCGCAACUAUGAAUGGUAAUGUUAUCGGUUUUGAUGCGCGUUCUGGUGCACGCAAGUUUACACUCGAGGGUCAUAUGGCGGAAAUCUAUGAAAUCUGUUACAAUCCACAUGAAAAUAUAUUAUUGACAGUAUCUGAAGAUCGCCGUGCGAAAAUCUUCAAUAUACCACAGUUGGGCGACUAGUUUUGUUAGCUAACUGUUGUACAACCAGCAGCAGCAGCAUAAGGUGCGCGUCGGUUAUAAUGUAGCAUGUUGUGUGCUUAUCCAUUAUUUGUUAAGCACAUACAUACAUACAUUUAUGUAGACAUAUAAAUAUAGCGUAUAUUUGUAAAAUGUUUCAAAUUUUUAGUUGAAUAUAUAAGCUUUUUUAUGAUACUAUAAUAUAUAUAUAUAUAUACAUAUAUACAAGUGUAUUAGCAAUGUUUGUUUGAAAAUAAUAGCAUGUAACUUUGUAUUUUUUAAUGAAAUAUUGUUUAAACAAAAAAAUUUUUAUUAUUCUUAAUCUGUGAAAUUUGUAUGCCGCUCUAGCGUAUUGACAUAGAACAGAAUUUAAAAUUUAAAAAACAGAAACGCAUAUCGCAUACUCCACUUUAUCAACAGUCGCUGUAUGUAUACAUAUGUAAAUGUAUAUGUAACACACUCUAGUUGAUAGAUAUUGUAAUUUGAUGUAAAUGUUUGCACUGAAUUUAAGUCAAUCAGAUAUUUAAAUCAAUAUAUUAAUGAAAGUAAAUUAUAUCGAA